CACUGAACCAACCAGAACCAGACAGCCAUGAACCCCCAGGAGAUGGAGCUCGGCCAGGAAGUGAUGGAGGAAACCGACGCCCCUCCUCACCAUCGCCACAACAACCACAACAGCCGGUCCCGUAACCACAGCAACCAGGAAAACCCGUACAGACGCUGUGAAGCCCCGGCUGGAGGAAGCGCUGGCGGCAGAGCCAGGGCGACACAACAGCGUAGGCCACAGGAGGAGCAAGACAUGGAGCUGCAGUAUGGAGCUCAGUCCCCACAGCCCCAACAACCCCAACCCAUUCCUCGACCCGCAGUGACACGUUAUCGCAGACAGGGGGACAGCGAGGCCCGGAUCCGAGCCCAGCAGCAGAGGCACAGACAGAGGCAGCAGAGGGAGGCAGAGAGAGCACAGCACUUAGCACAACAACAGGAAAAGCAACACCACGCAGAGAUGACCCAGGAGGAUGAACGAGAGAGGGACGACUCAGUGCUGGCCCGCUCUGCCAGCACCGAGAGCGGCUUCCACACCCACACUGACCGAGCCGAGGGGGACGAUGGCCUGGUCAUGAUGUCUCUGGAGCCUGAGGGGCAGCCAGAGGCAGAGGAUGAGGCGGGGAACUACGGAGUUCAGCUACGGCCAGAGGCGGAGGGGUACUCUGAGAGUGCCGAGGCUGAACAGCAACAUCUCCAUCCACAUCUAUCCAACUAUCCUCCUCAGACCCCACCCCUGCCUGAUAUCCAGAACCCUCAGAGAGAGGAUGAAGCAGAGGGGAUACUAAACGCUGGCUACUCCAACUACGUCUACACCCAGCCCCUCAGCCACUCCGGGGGGAGGGCUGACGUCUUGGUCGGUCAGAGCUUGGAGAGUUUAGAUACUGGACUUGUGGAUGAAGCCUAUUCUGAGCCAUAUGACAUUUACUCACUGUCUGAGCAUGUUUACGAGGAGAUCUGUGACGCUCCAACGUCAGUUUCAUCUGCUGCGGAGGGGGCUGGGGAGCCAGAGUCUCUCCAACAGAGGAGGGCCGGCUUUCGGCUGCUGGAGAGCCGGGCCGGAGGUGGCAACUACCAUCAGCAGGAGGCGGUGGGCUCCCGCCUGCGCCAUUAUGAUGAGCGCUCAGAUGGCGAGUCAGACAGCCCAGAGAAGGAGGCAGAGUUUGCCCCAUACCCCCGUGCAGACAGCUGUGAGCAGGAGGAAGACAUUGACAGCAUUGUGGCUGAGGUCAAAGAAAGCCUGAGCUCUCAGAGUCUUCAUCAUUGUGCAGAAGACACUAUUGAUGAAGAAAAUGAGCUAACACAGGAAGAAGAAAAACCCCAACCAGAGUCCCAGGCCAACUCCGAUAAAAACCACAAAGCUGCCAACCGAGGGAAGCCAGCCCGAAAACAGGCAGUGAGUCCUUCAGAGGAGCCUGUAGCAGUGAGGAACAGUCAGGAGAAGAGGGACGCCAUAAGUCUGGCCAUCAAGGACAUCAAGGAGGCCAUAGAGGAGGUUAAGACCAGAACGGUGAGAUCCCCUUACACACCUGAUGAGCCCAAGGAGCCUAUCUGGGUGAUGAGGCAGGACCUGAGCCCCACUGCCGAAUGUGACCUUCAGCCAUCAUUGGGGGGUGACUCUCCUGGUUCAGGCUCGCCCUCUCCUCCAGGAGCAGAGUCCUCCAACAGACACCUGCUGCAGGACGACAGCUUUGAGUCCUCUCCAUCCAGUAAAGAGUCCAGGAGAAGCCUCGCCUCCUUCCCCACAUAUGUAGAAGUCCCAGGCCCGUGUGACCCAGAGGACCUGAUCGAUGGGAUCAUCUUUGCAGCCAACUACCUGGGCUCCACCCAGCUGCUGUCAGAUAAAACCCCAUCCAAGAACAUCCGCAUGAUGCAGGCUCAGGAGGCCGUCAGCCGCAUCAAGACGGCCCAGAAAUUAGCCCAGAACAGGAAGAAGGCCCCUGAGGGUGAACCUCAACCCAUGACAGAGGUGGAUCUCUUCAUCUCCACCCAGAGAAUCAAAGUGCUCAAUGCUGACUCCCAGGACACUAUGAUGGACCACCCUCUGAGGACCAUCUCCUACAUUGCUGACAUCGGUAACAUCGUGGUUCUGAUGGCGCGGCGCAGGAUGCCUCGACCCGACUCCCAGGAGAACGUGGAGGCCUCAGACCCAGGUCAAGACAGCAAGCGGCAGUACAAGAUGAUCUGCCAUGUGUUUGAGUCUGAAGAUGCCCAGCUGAUUGCUCAGUCCAUCGGUCAGGCCUUCAGCGUUGCCUACCAAGAGUUCCUACGGGCCAAUGGCAUCAACCCUGAGGACCUGAGCCAGAAGGAGUACAGUGACCUGCUUAAUACUCAGGACAUGUACAAUGAUGACCUCAUCCACUUCUCCAAGUCUGAGAACUGCAAGGAUGUGUUCAUAGAGAAAGGUAAGGGGGAGAUUCUAGGCGUGGUCAUUGUGGAGAGUGGGUGGGGCUCCAUCCUGCCCACUGUUAUCAUCGCCAACAUGAUGCACGCCGGGCCGGCUGAGAGGUCCGGCAGACUGAACAUAGGAGACCAGAUCAUGUCAAUCAAUGGGACCAGUCUGGUGGGACUGCCGCUGUCCACCUGCCAGAGCAUCAUCAAGGGUCUGAAGAACCAGUCCCGGAUCAAGCUGAACAUUGUCAGAUGUCCCCCGGUCACCACAGUUCUCAUCAGACGGCCAGACCUCCGCUACCAGCUGGGCUUCAGUGUCCAGAAUGGCAUUAUCUGUAGCCUUAUGCGUGGGGGCAUCGCAGAGCGUGGGGGGGUCAGAGUGGGUCACCGCAUCAUUGAGAUCAACAGCCAGAGCGUGGUGGCCACACCCCAUGAGAAAAUAGUUCACAUCCUGUCCAACGCUGUGGGAGAGAUUCACAUGAAGACAAUGCCUGCAGCCAUGUACCGCCUGUUGACGGCCCAGGAGCAGCCUGUUUACAUCUAA